AAAUUGUUUCAAAAUAGUGUGAGGCAAGCGCUGCUGCUUUGCCAUUGCACAGUCCCAUGGUCAAGGCCAGCGACCACAGCGCCGCCGAGGUGAAGCGCGUGAAUCAGCAGCUUGAGGAACGCCACUACGAGUUCCGCUCCAACUGCAAUGACGGUAACGGCGACGCCAGCGCCUGCCACAGCUGGGGUGAGUGGCUUGCCGUCGUGGACAAGAACUACAAGGAUGCAGGUACCAGCAGCACCUUCAAAUAGCUCUAGCGACUGCGCAGUGCAUUGCGGUGCUGACGUUUUGCAUUACAACUGCGCGUCUUGCUGUUGCAGCUAAUAUGUACGAGCUUAACUGUUCCAAGAACGGAUACCCGGCCUCGUGCUUCAACCUCGGACGACUGAAACUUGCUGGCAAAGGGGCGGAGCAUGAUGACCUGGAAGCUUUCAAGCUCUUCGAGAAAUCGUGUUCAGGUGGCCACGCUGCUGCUUGUCACCAUGUGGGCUUUAUGCGUACACAGGGUAUUGGCUGCGAGAAGGAUUUCCCUAAAGCUCUUGCGGCUUUCAAGGAGGGAUGUGAGCGUGACGACGCCAAUAGCUGCAAUCGCGUGGCGACCAUGUAUUUGCGUCCAGGACCAAACAGCCCGAUCAAGCGCGACAUUCAGCAGGCGAAGACAUACCUGGAAAAGGCUUGUGACGCCAACUUUGCCCCUGCGUGCCACAACCUGGCUGUGAUGUACAAGAAAGGCGACGAGAGUAUCCCGAAGGACCAGGCCAAGUACGAGGAGUACCGUGCCAAGACGGAGCAACUCAUUAAGCAGGCGGGCGGCAUGUCUUCCAUCAAGUCGGCUUAAGUUAGACUGCAAAAUCCUAGACUUGUUACAACGUACUACGUCAGUACUACCUCUUCGAUAUCCGAGUCGUCGAAGCUCAUUACGCUGUCAAUUUGAUCGUCUUGGGUGGUGGCAGGAGGAGACUCGCGGCUGAUUGAAGAUGCAGACUCCUCUUUGGUAAUUGUUGCGUCCCCAUCGUCAACAGCAUCGACAAGUUCCAUUAUUCUAGUUGGUGAGUCCACGGAUUCACUCUCGUCUAAGGUCACAAUGCUCGUGCCGAACGACAUGUUGGACGACAUUGCCGUUGAGUGGACGUGGUCGUUCCUUGAUGCAGGGUCGAUGGUCAUGUCUUGAACAUCUGACAAUCGGUCUGACUGCAGGGAGUCUGUAGACCGGGGUAAGUUUAAGCUGUCGGUACGAACUGGACGCUUUCCCAAUUCUGAGGAAGAGCCGACGCGAGGAAGGUGCCAUUGAGAACCUUCGUGUUGCAUUUCUUGCUCUUCAUGCUGCCAUUCCACUCGACGGUUGUUCUCGUCGUUCUCUUGUGGUGACACAGCUUGAAGCUCAAGUGACAAGGAUGCUGGGGCGUCGACCACCCCUUCAUCACUUCUUCGUGUGUCGUCCGUACCUGCACCUACUGCUAUUGACGUGAUCUGGUGUGCUAAUGUAUCAAGGCCGGCGUCCGAAGCUUCUGAAAACUCCAAGUCUCCAGUUGAAGUAUUAUCGACCAUCACUUGAGAUUCGAUUUCUGACUCUGCUGUCUCCGCCAAUAUUGAUGCCUCGUCGUUGCAUUUGAGGUGUUCCACGUUAAUAGUUUCUUGUUCUUCGCACGGCUGGGCUUGCUCCUCUACUUCGGUUGUAUCAAUCGCAGAUUUGGUACUUGGUGACCACAUUUUGGCUUCCUCAAAACUACCAGCAAGAUGGGCUGUAUCUGCGGUUGUAGGUUCUCCGCCGACAACCACGGUGAGCUGGUUAUUCGCAGAAUAUCGGCGAACUGGUGCCGUUCCUGAGUCAGUUUGUGUAUCGGCAGCUGCUUUAUGAGCUGAGUCUUCAUCCUCCUGUCGUUCUAUCGGCAAUUCCUCGACAUUCGCAGCAUCGACUGUUGCUACCUGCCCACUGCUCUCAAUGUCCCUCGGUUGAUUUGCGUUCAUCAAAGCCCCAAAACUUGCCAUUGCCUGUCGAACCAGCCCUUGACUGAUCUCGGAUCUUACCCGGGUCUCUGCUUUAAACCGCUCCAGCGCUUGCUGACGCGUCUUCUCCAUUGGUAUCCACUCCUUCUCGAUUAUCGCGUUAACGGCAUUUUCACACUCCACCAUCCGUGACAAUACAUCAGUGGGCAACACUUCCAAGUGGCCAUGUAGAGCCUGCUGGACGAUCUGCAAAUUGCCCUCGGAUAAGCGAACACUCUUCGGCGGAACACCAAACCGACUCGAAAACUGCUCAAGUUGCGCCAGACAACUGGAAACACGCUCUUUCACCACACUCUCGUCAUGCUGGAAGCGACUACGAACGUAUUUAUGUCGAGAAAUCGAGCUGUAAUUUCUUGACUCUGGUGCAGGAUUCAAUGCUGCUUUGCUUGCCGCGCUGGUGAGAGAACAGUCACAACAAGCGAAUGGUUAGAACGCGAUCUUUAGCCUAGCUUUGCACACAAUGAUAUGGUUACCUAUCAGCACGUUCGUCGAUAGUGUCCAGAAGA